AUGGGCUCUAAUCUUCCUUAUGCCGCCGAUGCUGAGAGUCCGCUAAAGCCAGCGGAACUUCAGGUGCUCCGCGCCCAGUAUGAGAAGGAAGGUGACUACGUGGGAAUUCAGACCAAGUUCAAUUACGCCUGGGGUCUGAUUAAAUCCAACGCUCGGGUCGAACAACAAGAAGGUGUCCGCCUGUUGUCGGAGAUCUUCCGCGCUGCGCCUGAACGACGUCGCGAAUGCCUGUACUACCUCGCGCUGGGCAACUACAAGCUCGGUAACUACGGCGAAGCCCGCCGGUACAACGAUCUACUGCGUGAUAAGGAACCCGGGAACCUGCAGGCCGCUAGUCUAGGCCAGCUCAUCGAUGAAAAAGUGUCCAAGGAGGGCCUGAUGGGUAUUGCCAUCGUGGGUGGGCUGGCGCUGGCGGCCGGCGUAGUGGGUGGAUUGGUGAUGCGGGGGGCAAAGAGACGCUGA